AUGGUCGAACCAGCGGACGACGCUUCCGAGCAGCCGGUUCCCUGCAAAGUGGAGGCAGUAGUCUUUCCGCCCACACCAGAGCACCAGCUUCUGGGCAAGGUUGACCCGAACAACAUUUACACCAGCGACGUGCACCCGGUCUUGCGCCAGCGCAGCCGCGCCCUGAAGGAUCUCCCGCCGCUGGAGCCGGCGGGGGACGCGGGCAAGCCCGUGCUGCCCGCACAUUGA